CAACUGAAAGACAGAAAUACCAACAACUGAAAGAGAGAAGCAGGCAAUCAAAAACAAAAAUGGCGAGCCAUGAAUCAACUGAUUCACUUCAUGUAGUGAUGUUCCCCUGGUUUGCAUAUGGUCAUAUAAGCCCAUUUGUCCAACUAUCUAAUAAGCUUUCCCUUCAUGGAGUUAAAGUCUCUUUCCUCUCAACUCCUUCUACUGUUUCACGCAUCAAAUCUACCAUCAACCUUAAUCCCGGAGUCCACUUAAUCCCAGUCUCAAUCCCACAUAUUGAAGGCAUCUCUCCUGGUCUCGAAACCACCUCUGACAUGACACCUGCCAUGGCUGAACUACUUAAGCAAGCCGUAGACCUCAUGCAACCACAAAUUAAAACACUCUUAUCACAACUCAAACCUCAUUUUGUGUUCUUUGAUUUCGUGUAUUACUGGCUACCAUACCUUGCUUCACAACUCGGGAUUAAAACACUUUAUUUCUCAGUUUACUCUGCCAUUUCUGAUAAUUACAACCUGGCCGUUUCAAGGCGAAACAAUCACACCAUCCAUGAUUUCAUGAAACCGCCAGCUGGGUUCCCUACGACUUCCCUUACCUCUCUCACAAAAUUUGAGGCCGGACACUCUUUUUACGUGUUAAUGAACUUCGACGGACACCCUUCUGUUUAUGACAGAGCCCUGGAGGGCUACAACGGUUCCACUGCCAUAUUAAUGAAAACAUGCAAUGAAAUGGAAGGUCCUUACGUAGAGUACAAGAAAACCCAGUUUCAAAAACCAGUUCUUUUAACUGGUCCACUUGUUUCCGAACCGCCAUCUGGUGAGCUCGACGAGAGAUGGUCUAAGUGGUUAGUUCGUUUCCCCCCAAAGUCAGUAAUAUUUUGCUCUUUUGGCAGCGAAACAUUUCUCAACAACGAUCAGAUUAAAGAAUUGGCUCUGGGCUUGGAACUUACUGGUUUGCCAUUCUUUCUGGUGGUAAAUUUUCCGGCUAAUGUGGAUGCUGAAAUUGAGUUAGUCCGGGCUCUGCCAGAAGGGUUAACGGAGAGAGUGAAGGACAUAGCAGUUGUUCACACUGGAUGGGUCCAACAACAACUAAUUUUAGCACAUAAUAGUGUUGGUUGUUACGUUUGUCAUUCAGGAUUUAGUUCAGUACUCGAAGCUAUAAUGAAUGAUCGCCAGUUGGUUCUUUUACCUUGUAAAGGUGACCAGUUCUUGAACGCCAAGCUUAUUGCAGGGGACCUGAGGGCUGGGGUGGAGGUGAAUAGAAGAGAAGAUGAUGGGCAUUUUCAUAAGAAGGAUAUAUUUGAGGCUGUUAAAACUGUUAUGGUGGAUGUUAACAAGGAGCCAGGUAUGUCUAUUAGAGAAAAUCAUAAGAAAUGGAGAGAGUUCCUGAGGAAUGAAGAGAUACAGAAUAAAUUUAUUGCAGAUUUAGUUAAGGAUCUAAAGGAUCUAGCUUAAAGGAGGAAGGAUUAUGGUGCUCCAUAUAUGGUUUUGUUGUGUUGUGCUGUAUUAAUUUGUUGAGGGUCAUGAUUUUUGUACUUGAAUAAAGGGGGGAAUUAUUGUGAAUUUGUGAUGUUAAGAGUAUCUCAAUGGUGUAAAAUAAAGAGUAUUUUUAUUUAUUUUUAAAUAUAAAGAAUAAUUUUUUUAUUUAAA